AUGUCUCAGGGCAGUGGAAGACUUUGGAGUGGUAAUCGGGAACAGAUCCUCUGGUUUGCUUUUGCUUACCUCCUCCUGGCGUUACCAUGUAUGGGCUUCCUCCCUAACUUUUGGUCCCGUGUGCUGACCCUCGCCUGGGACUCACACACACACCAGUACAUCACUGAGCAAGCCAUCCUCAAUGUUACCUGUGAGACCCUGAUGGGCCUCGACAAACACCAGCUCAGCUGUGUAGAGGAACAGGCUGGACUUGGUCGUGCCUUCUGGCGGGCUGUGGGCGAGGUGGGGAAAUCAAAUGCAGCAAUGGAUUUUCUGAGCUCCACCAGAUCUGACCCGGUGUACCACUUUGACUCAGAGCGUGUGGACAGUGCCAUAGUCAUGUUACGACAAUUCUGGGCCCAGGCCCUGCUCUCAAUCCAGGCAAAAGAGUACCAAAGUGCCCGCCAGAGCUUGGGGAAGCUAUUUCACUCACUACAGGAUUUCUACAGCCAUAGUAAUUGGGUGGAAAUGGGCCAUCGCACCAUUUACCACCAUCUGCUGCAGCCUGACGAACCUGCCUUUCCUGUAGCUAAGGAUGAUACUCCUACCUGUCUGGAAUGCUUCAGUUCUACCUGUAGAGACAACAUCUUGCCAAGAUUCACCUGGAGAAAGCAUCCCUCCUUGCUGCUCACCACUGGCUAUUUCAGCACUCACCCUCCCAAACCAGAGGGCAAAUGUAGCCAUGGAGGUAUUAUGGACAGUAGUCGGCAUAAAGGUGCCAAAGGGGGCAUCAAUAAGGAUACCACAUCCCCACUCUUCUCCCCUCACCAUUACCUCCAUGUAGAAGCUGCUGGUCUGGCCACUGAGGCCACGCUUGCUGUACUGAGGGACCUCAGAGACACCGUGGGCCAUAUAAGCUUUCUCAGGCUCUUCAGUGUCAAGCAGCCUCCUGCACUCAUAUUUGUCAUGGACACAACGGGUAGCAUGUUCGAGGAGAUCACUGCUGCCCGCCUGCGGGCUUUAUCUAUCAUAAAGAGCCGUGCUAAUACACCUGGGCAACCUGGUACUUUUCUGUUCGUGCCCUUCCAUGACCCAGAGGUGGGACCAGUGUAUGAAACAGAUGAUCCAAACCAGUUUAUGGGCUACAUGGAAAACGUAAUGGCCUUGGGGGGAGGGGACGAGCCAGAGAUGUGUCUUUCUGGCAUUCAGCUGGCCCUCACUCACAGUCCACCACUGUCAGAGAUCUUUGUAUUCACUGAUGCCUCCCCAAAAGACGCUCACCUGUUUAAUGCUGUGAAGGCCCUCACACUUGAAAGACAAUGCAAGGUUACCUUCCUCCUAACUGAAGACCCUGGCUAUGUGAUAAAGGGCAGAAUGAGGAGGAGGAGAAGUAGGGAGCAAUUGUCCCAUGACCGUUUCUCCCUCUACUCCUCUCUGUCUUCUUUGUCGGGUGGCCUGACAGUCUUCACCACCAACUCUGACAUCUACAGGGUUUCCACCAUAGUGGAGGACAACACGGCUGCUGACAGGGUGACUCUUCUUCAUGUGGAGAGUGAUAGUGACUCCACAUCCUCCCAUCCCUUCAUGGUUGACAGUGCAGUCAGGACAGUCACCCUGCACCUCACUGGCAAUGUGACAGACUGUAAACUCAUCGACCCAUCAGGCCACCGCCAGUCUCUGUUGGGUGAGCAAGGCCCUUUGGCAGAGCUGGAGCUUUUUGAAGGUUUGUACCGUGUAAGGCUGCUCUCUCCUAUACAGCCAGGCCAGUGGACCCUCCAGGCCCAAACUGACGGCCACUUCACGUUCAACAUUAUUGGUGACAGCAACAUGGAUUUCCUGUAUUACUUUGCCACUGUAGCUAAUGAGACACACCCAGGUCUGGAAAGAGUGCAGGGCAGUCCAAUAGCAGGUGUUCCUACCUUUCUGGUGGUAGCUGUUAUGGGCUUAGUUCCCAGUGAAGAAAUCUCUUUCAGUCAUGUGACACUGCUGGGAGCCAAUGGAGAGAGCUUACUGCAGGUUCAGCUGAACUCCUCUUCCUCUGCCUCUUCCUCCUUGUUCUCCCACACCGGGGAAGAGCUGGUCGGUCAGGUGGACUCAGUUCCCCGAAAGCCCUUCUGUGUCCGUCUGUCUGGCAGAGACAAAAGAGGAAACAAGCUGGAGAGGGUUUCCACUGAAAUUAUACAACCAACUCACAUUCAGAUACAAGUGCUCUCUAUCCCACACCUGGUACCAGGUCACAGUACCAUGGUACACUUUGAUGUCCUGAACCACGGCCCAGCCCGGCUCUUUAAUCUGACCGCCAAUGACAACUGUGGAUAUCUGCACCAGAGAGGUCCUCACAGCUUCCCUGUUGCAGAAAGAGGGUCUCUACGUGGUCAGGUGGAUCUUCACACCCCUGCCAGAGCUGAGGCAGGGGCAACUGUUACUUUGACAUUCACUGUGCGGGCGCUGGACUCUCAGGAUUCAAACUACGUAGUGGCCUACCUGACUGUGGUUCCCCCAGACCCUGACACGUCCCCUCCAUUGUGUUCUCCCAUGCCUGUGGACGGGCCCUGUGCCACCAAGUGCACCGGCUCCAGCUGGAGCGUCUCCAUGGCGUUGACGGACAGGGGGCGCUCUGGGCUCGCCUCCCUGAUGCUGCACCACGGCGAGGGUGUCCUCACUCCGCUCCACAACCCAACCCCCUCACAGGAAAGCCCGCUGGGAGAGACGCACACCGGCCAUGAUCAGCUCCAGGCAGACAGAGACAGAGCCACCACCCUAGUGAGCCCCGGCCAUCACAAGUUCAGACUGAAGAAAGGAGACCCUCCUCUGAACGUGUCGGAAUGGAUAGGGGGCUCGUCUCAGCCCCUGUGGGUCACAUACACAUCGAGUUGCUGCUCUGCCUGGGCGGAGCUCCUGGUAUGGGACAAGGCCGGCAACAUGAAACGCUGUCGUCUGAUGUAUGGUCAACAGAAGGCACUAAGGGACAGUGGCACAGAAAGCAACAGAACUGAAAACACCCUGCUCUCAAGUGGCUUUGUGGUGCUAUUGGGCUUGAUAUGGACUAUUCUGCUUUAG